CUUCUGCUUCUAAGAACCGAUCAGUUAGUAGAUGGCUGGGUUUGGAAGAGCUAAUGUCCUUUUGAUAGUAAACUCCUUGUCCAGGAUAUUCUGGAGUCUGCAUUUCAUCUGAAGUGAUUUUUAAAGAUAAAACUUCUCUUGCAUUGACAAAACUAGGCACAACCAUGGAAGAACUGGAAAGGCUCAGCAAAGAUAUUGAAUCCGUCAAGACUGAGGUUGAAGAAAAGCAGAAGAGCCUCUCCAAGCUUGCUUUAACACAUGAAGAGCCAUCACAAAGUCACAUGACCUCCUUCAGGAAUACAAAUAUGAGGCAAGAUUUUCUUGAAAAUCGCCCGCUUCCAAAGGAAGAGUGGCACGAGCCAUCAAAGAAUGAAGAGAGUCAGGCCAGAAAGUAUGUACUGGACCACAAAUGUCCAGCAACUGAUCUUGAAUAUGAUCCCUUGCUGAAUUAUUCUGCAGAGCUGCUUGGGGCAUCGAAAGCGACACAGUCUGAGCCUGACGAACAGCAAGUCUGCCGCUUGAAAAAAUCUGUGGAUGAGAAUCGCCACAUGUCCCAGGAGAGCCAAAGGCCUCAUGUUUCACCAAUAAGAAUUACAAUAAAUCUUCAAGAAUCUGAUGAAGAUGACCUUGUAAUAGAUGUACCUCCAAUCAUGCCUACUUCUAAGAAACCUAAACCAUUGAGAGGCUUCAAAUACCAGAAUAUGGAUGAAAGGGUACCUAUAAUGUCCCCAGAGGAGAGGAGUCUUCAAAUUACUGGCACAGAAGAGGAAAAAAUCGAUAAAACCCAACUAACCACACAAGUAGAUGAUGACGGUAACAAAUCAGAACCACCAGAAUCGCUCAUGCAUAGCUCACUAGAUAUUAAAAGUAACGUAAACUUGAAUCGUGCUAAAAACCACCUCCCUAAGAUGGGAAGCUGUGGUGGUGGGAAAAACUAUGUCUGUAUUUCCGGAGAGAGCAUACCUUGUGCACCUCUCAGUGACAAAGAAAAACAGAACAGAAUGCAUAAUGAAAGGUAUCCACAUCACAAAAAAUAUGUAAAAACAAGUGACAGUCCUCACAGUGAAGAAACUGAAGGUUGGUAUUCAAGCCGGCCCCAGGUCUCUCCCGCAGGUGAGCAUGCAGAAGGCGAAGUGUUGGAAAGACCAGACAAUAGUCAGGAACUCACUACUUUUGAGGACUGCAAGGUAGUCGAAUUUGAUUUUGGUAAGGAACCUACCGAGGAGGACACUUCCUCUCAUUCCGGUGACACUAGGAAGGAAUGCCUUCGAAUUUUCACAGAGUUCACAGAAAGUGAAGCUUGUAAGGGAGAGACUACUAAACAGGCUUCAGGAAAGCAAACGGGAUUAGAUAAGUUGUAUUAUCAAAACCUUUCUGGACCCAAAAAGAGAAUUGCACACAUUGCCAAGUUCAAUGUUCCAACCAGUAAAGACAUCCUUAGCCCAUUCAGGGAGCCAGUGGCACCACUGAUGAGUCGCCCUGGCAUCCUUCGUGCCCAGCAACAGGCAGCACAGAUCACGGCUGACAUAAAGAGUGGGCAGGCUUUUGUUGCUGCCACUUCAGAACAAAAGAAAACUACAUUUGCAUGUCCAGUCUCUCAGACCCAAAGGAGAGUCUCAGGAGAAAAUUCACUUACAUCAAACAAGCUUCAUCAGGAUGUAUUUCUAUCAAGGGAAAAGCCAAAUGCAAAACCAAGCAGAUCACACAUUCCUGUGAAAAGUGUUGCUGCUUUUCCUGUAAAGAUGCCGAAAUACAAAGUGGCUCAUCGGAAGCGGGCUUUAGUCACAUCAGAAUCCUCUGUCAAAGUCCCUGAGGAAGUAAGACAACGCUAUGUCAACCUCUUCAUUGAGAAGUACUUGACAGUUUAUAAAACAGAGGAUGAGGCUGUUAACAAGGCUAAAAUAGAAGAAAAGGCCAUUUAUGAACGCUGUGGCAGUAGAAAUAUGUAUGUGAACAUAGCGAUAAAUACUCUUAAGAAACUGAGACAUCAAGGUGUCCCUGGAAGCAAUAACAACGAUAAAACAACUGGAUUGAAAAAGAGUGAAAAGAAAAGUGCACUCACAGGAAUUGUUCUCUACAGACAUCUGCAAGACUACCUUCUAACGGAAGAACAGUUACAUGAAAAUGACUAUCCACAACCCAGCCCUGAAAAACCAGGAAGUAUUCUUUUAAACCCAGGCAUGUCCAAAGCUCUUCUAAAUGACACUUCUAGGAAGAUCUGUUGUCGUUGUGGGAAAAUAUAUGGUGUGACUCCCGCAGGCAAACACAGUAGGGUAGAAGAAUGCUACUACCACUUUGGCCGAGUGCUGACUCAGAAAGUCCUCGGUGGCUCAGAAACACGGUACAGCUGUUGUGAAGGUGUCCUUGGCUCUGCCGGGUGUCAGGUCGCCAAGCUUCACGUUCAUGACCAAAAGGAAAACCUAGAGGGCUUUGUGAAGACUUUUGUCAAGUCUCCGCCCCCCGAUGGCAAUCAUGGUGUAUUUGCUGUGAACUGUGAGGUGUGCUACACAGCCAAAGGUUUGGAACUUACGCAAGUGACGGUGGUUGAUCCCAGCCUUCAGGUGGUCUAUGCUACAUUUGUGAAACCAGAUGAAGAAGUAAUUGACUAUAACACUAGGUUUUCUGGUGUGGUCGAAGAGGACCUGAAGAACAUCAAAACUUCAAUCCGUGAUGUCCAAGCCAUCCUGUUGAACCUGUUUAGUGCUGACACUGUCUUAAUUGGACACAGCUUUGAAAACAGUCUUUAUGCUCUUAAGUUAAUUCACACUUCAGUUGUGGACACAACAGUUCUGUUUCCUCAUCGACUAGGCUUGCCUCACAAAAGAUCCCUUAAGAGUCUGGUGGCUGACUACCUACAGAGGAUUAUUCAGGAUGAUGGUCACAAUUCAAUUGACAAUGCAACUGCCUGCAUGGAACUGGUCCUCUGGAAGGUAAAAGAAGACCUGAAAGGAAGGAAGUAAUCAUUUUGUCUGACAAGAUCUGCAGUCCCUGCCUUGUUGUGUCAGUGACCCCUCUGGCCUCUGCUGCUGCCAGUAGAGUUUGGUCUAUGAUGGCAUGAAGUUUCUUGACCUUUUUCUUCAAAGAGGAGAAAGGAAAGCGCUGUUGAGGUUUAUUUAUUACAUUUUAAAGGCUAAAUUUCCAUAGUUUAUUUCUUAAGUUAUGAUUGCCGAGGGGAGAAUGGUUAAUGGGUAAAUUAAAGUUGGUUUGUUUUGAA